AUGAGGUCAUGGAAACUUCCUUUAAACAAUGGCCAACUAGAGGCAAGUGCCAGCCCAUGCCAUUGGCUUGGAAUUUCUUGCAAUCGUGAAGGAAGCGUUGUUAGAUUGAAUCUCACAAGCUCAAGCCUAGUUGGUACGUUGGACAACUUUCCAUUCUUAUCACUUCCUAAUCUUGCAUACUUUGAACUUAGUGUGAAUCAGCUUUUUGGCAUCAUCCCACCUCUGAUUGGUUCUCUCUCAAAACUCAUCUACCUUGAUUUGUCAGUUAAUCAAUUCUCUGGAAAUAUUCCACGGGAAAUUAGCUUGUUAAAAAAUAUUAAGACUCUCCACCUGGUCGAAAACCAACUCAAUGGCUCAAUUCCUGAAGAGAUUGGCAAUCUAACUUCUCUUACUGAGCUUGCCUUGUACACCAACCAGUUGGUUGGUCCCAUUCCUGCUUCUCUGGGCAAUUUGACAAAUUUGUCUCGACUAUAUCUUUAUGAUAAUCACCUUUCUGGAACUAUUCCUAUUGAAAUAGGAAAUCUCAUUAGUCUUACUGAGGUUUACAUGGAUAGCAACAAGUUGGAAGGCUCAAUCCCAGCUAGUCUUGGAAACCUUAGCAAGCUAACUGUGUUGCACCUCUUUAACAAUUCACUUUCUAGUUUUAUUCCCAAAGAGCUUGGAAAGUUGCAAUCACUAAAAAACUUGAGCAUCCACUCAAACAACUUUACAGGCCAAAUACCGCCUUCUUUAGGUGGUCUAAGCUCUCUUACUCUCCUCCAUCUUUAUGGUAAUAAUCUUUCUGGUACCAUUCCAGAAGAGUUUGAAAGUUUAGAAUCCAUCAGCGCUUUAGAUUUGAGCCAAAACCAACUCACUGGUUCCAUUCCUGCUUCUUUGGGUUACUUGAGAAACUUGUCUAGGCUCUAUCUUUCUAAUAAUCACCUUUCUGGAACAAUUCCAAAAGAGUUUGAAAACUUGGAAUCCAUCACUAUUUUAGAUUUGAGCCAAAACCAACUCACUGGUUCCAUUCCUGCUUCUUUGGGUAACUUGAGAAACUUGUCUAGGCUCCAUCUUUUUGAGAAUCACCUUUCUGGAACAAUUCCAAAAGAGUUUGAAAACUUGGAGUCCAUCACUAUUUUAGAUAUGAGCCAAAACCAACUCACUAGUUCCAUUCCUGCUUCUUUGGAUAACUUAAGAAACUUGUUUGGGCUCUAUCUUUCUGAGAAUCACCUUUCUGGAACAAUUCCAAAAGGGCUCUAUAUUUCUGAUAAUCACCUUUCUGGAACAAUUCCAAAAGAGUUUGAAAACUUGGAAUCCAUCACUAUUUUAGAUUUGAGCCAAAACCAACUCACUGGUUCCAUUCCUGCUUCUUUGGGUAACUUGAAAAACUUGUCUAGACUCUAUCUUUCUAAGAAUCGCCUUUCUAGAACAAUUCCAAAAGAGUUUGAAAACUUGCAAUCCAUCACUAUUUUAGAUUUGAGCCAAAAUCAACUCACUGGUUCCAUUCCUGCUUCUUUAGGUAACAUGAGAAACUUGUCUAGGCUCUAUUUUUCUGAGAAUCAUCUUUCUGGAACAAUUUCAAAAGAGUUUGAAAACUUGGAAUCCAUCAGUAUUUUAGAUUUGAGUCAAAACCAACUCACUGGUUCCAUUUCUGCUUCUUUGGGUAACUUGAGAAACUUGUCUGAGCUCUAUCUUUCUAAGAAUCACCUUUCUGGAACAAUUCCAAAAGAGUUUGAAAACUUGAAAUCCAUCACUACUUUAGAUUUGAGCCAAAACCAACUCAUUGGUUCUAUUCCUGCUUCUUUGGGUAACUUGAGAAACUUGUCUAGGCUCUAUCUUUCUGGGAAUCACCUUUCUGGAACAAUUCCAAAAGAGUUUGAAAACUUGGAAUCCAUCACUAUUUUAGAUUUGAGCCAAAACCAACUCACUGGUUCCAUUCCUGCUUCUUUGGGCAAUUUGAAAAACUUGUUUAGACUCUAUCUUCAUGACAAUUACCUUUCUGGAACAAUUAUAAAAGAGUUAAAAACUUGA